UCAUGUGUUUUGUGUGUUUUCUUGCGUCGUGCGUGCGAGUUGUUGAUGGUGAAAUUUGUUUUAUCAAAAAACCUGAAUAAAAUUGGUGAAAUCCUGCCGCGGCCAGAACCGACCCCACAAUGACCAUCACGGACUACAUCGGAACGCUGUCGGACAACCCGUACUUCGGGGCGGGCUUUGGCCUGUUCGGGGUCGGUGCCGGCGCAGCGCUCUUACGUAAGGGAUUGCAGGGCGCGUUGAUUCUGUUUCGGCGGCACUACAUGAUCACGCUGGAAGUUCCGUGCCGGGAUAAAUCGUACCAGUGGCUGCUGCAGUGGAUUACGCAAAAGGGCGCCAAGCACACGCAGCAUCUGAGCGUGGAAACGUCGUUCCUGCAGCGGGACACGGGCCACGUCAAGACCAAGUACGACUUUAUUCCGUCGAUUGGGACGCACAUCAUGCGCUACGGUGGAACCUGGAUCAAGGUGGACCGCGCCCGGGAGCAGCACACGCUCGACCUGCACAUGGGCGUGCCCUGGGAGACGGUCCAGCUGACGGCGUUCGGGAGGGACAAGAAUUUGUACUUUCGGAUCUUGGAGGAAGCGCGACAAUUGGCGCUCAAAAACACCGAAGGCAAAACGCUAAUGUACAGCGCGAUGGGUUCCGAGUGGCGCCAGUUCGGUCAUCCCCGGAACCGCCGACCGCUCAAAUCGGUCGUCCUCGAUAACGGCGUGUCCGAGCGCAUCCUCAAAGACUGUCGAGAGUUCAUGCAGAACCCCGGAUGGUACGCGGACCGUGGAAUCCCGUACCGCCGGGGUUACCUGCUGUACGGUCCACCCGGGUGUGGCAAGUCCAGCUACAUCACCGCCCUGGCCGGCGAGAUCGAGUGUGGCAUUUGUCUGCUGAACCUGUCCGAGCGCGGACUCACCGACGACCGGUUAAACCACCUGAUGAACGUGGCCCCGCAGCAGUCGAUCAUCCUGCUCGAGGACAUUGACGCGGCGUUCUUGUCCCGCGAGGACACCAAACAGCAAAAGGCCGCCUUCGAAGGCCUCAACCGUGUUACCUUCUCCGGGCUGCUAAACUGCCUCGACGGCGUCGCUUCCACCGAAGCCCGAAUUGUGUUCAUGACCACCAACUACCUGGAUCGGCUCGAUCCGGCCCUCAUCCGGCCGGGUCGCGUCGACGUGAAGGAGUACGUCGGCUAUUGCAGCCGGCACCAGCUCGAGCAGAUGUUUAUGCGGUUCUACACCGGCGAGGAGGCGACCGUGAAUUCGAAACUGUUUGCCGAGAAUGUGCUGAGCUACGGCAAGAACGUAAGCCCGGCGCAGGUUCAGGGCUACUUUAUGAUGCACAAGACGUCUGAUCAGCAGACGGUGCUCGCGAACGUGGCAGGCCUGUGGGACAAUGCGUGAGGUGAGGGAGACGACAGCAGCAUCGGUUCUAGGUAAGGUGAGGGAAAGUAUAGGCAGAGCCAGACAGUUGUACAAUAAAUUGUAAGUAAAGAUGA